AUGUUGAAUGGGAGGGAAGACCGAGCUGGAAAUAUCCACCAGACAAAGUCCAAUGGCUACGUGCCAAAAGACACCCGGUCAUAUAACCCCCCAAUCUCAGUGAAUGCCGAACCAUUUAUCUCCGCAGAUAUGAUCGUUGAGGAACCACCACCGAAACGGCACAGUCAAGGCUCAUCUACUAAGUCCACAUUUCUCCCAUCUACAACAGACUCGCAGGCAAUGCCUAAUGGUGGAAAGUCGCCUGCACAACUUCGAGUACAAGCGCAGGGUGCUCUCCUUAGUUUAGCUCCUCACAAUAUCCGAUACACCGAGCUAGUUGGGGAAGGUAUCAAUCCAGUGAUACUCAAGCAACUUUACGAAGAAGUUGGCAUCAAGGUUCCCACACCACAACCAGAUACUGCAUCAACUCAGGUAUCUGCUAUGCCCUCCGCAACACCAGAUCAUUCAGUCACAGAACCUACCAUCCCGACGGCGAGUUCUCGUGCGCAAGAGUCAGGGAGAAAGCACGCAGUUGACGCAAUAAGGGUAGACAAUAUGACGCAAAUGAGUGGGCUACCAGAACACGCCCCAACAACUACUCCUUCAUCCCAGCAAGGCACACCAAAGCCUAUGGAACGAAAAGAAGUCAUCGCGCGUAUGCUUGCUGCGAAGGCUGCCAAGUCAUCGGGAGCACCUGCAUCACCCCAAAGGAAUGCGACAAAGGAAGCACCAACAUCCAGCAGCUCAGCGGCAACCGAUAUAGAAAAGCCAGGCGAUGCCAUUAAUUCUGCAGGAACAACCUCGCAAGAAAAGGAGAUGCGUGUUAGGGAAAAGAACAAGGCACAGACAGAGCUGGCUAGGCAGCGAAUCGAGCAACUCAAGAAGCAGGGCUUGAUGAGGCUGCAGCAAAAACCGACCCAAGAUGAUUUGUCUCUGGAAAACACACAGUCAAAUACGAAACCAGUCUACGAUUCCGCUUCAAAUCCGAAGUCCCCAUCUAUACAGCAUCCACUGCCCGAUCGUCCCCCUGAUCCUGAGACCGGUGCUCUUGCACGUAUCCCUGGCCUAUUCAUGACGGAGGUAGAAGAAAAAUCACCUAACGAGUCAUAUGUGACGCCUUCUCAGGAACUUGUGGUCGAUUCGACGCCGCAGCCUCGCGUCAACCAACGCAAGCGUCCAAGAGCAUCUGAUUUCGACGAGCCUGUUCCCAUGCCGAGGAAAGCCUUCAACAACGGAGUGGAUCAUGGUGUCUCUGCGGAUAGACUCAUUAUCGACAUCAGCGAUGACGAUUUAUAUGCGGAUGAUGAAGAUGAUGCUAUGGAGAUUGAGACUUCUGAAGAAAAUGCAGGCUCUUCAAUCAUGGAGGGUCCAGCACGAACUUAUCUUUCUACGGAGUCCCUCCCCCCGAGACCCGUGACAUCAUCAAGUCUAGGGUUUUCCCUGUCUGCAACUCCGCAAAAUCCGAGAAACCAUGAUCAAGACGAUCUCCGGAGGAAAGAUCUCGAGAUACAAGCAAUGCACAGGCGGAUCGCUGAGCUUGAGCAACGCAAGAAGGCAAAGUUAGCUGCCAGCCGUACCCAGUCUCCUCGUACAGUGGACUCCUCAGAGUCAUCGCCUCCUGAAACCUCCCCACAAUCGGAUGCUGAAGUUCGUGAAUCCAUUAUACACCUUGCAGAAUCUUCCAGUGGGCGCGAUUCUUCGCAGGACAACAUCGUGAAUGCUCUACCAGAAACUACAGCCUCAACUCCUGGUUUCUAUAUUACUCCGAAUGAUCUACCAUGUUCUUUAGACUCCAUGGACACAGCGCAAUUGGAAAACAUGAAGACCAAAGUUUUGCGGAAACAUGAGAUCGAAUCUGGAGUUCCUGCCUUGGAGGCAGAAAUACAAAAGUCGGAAACAAGGCUAGCGGAGUUCAAUAUCGAACAGGAGAAGCUACUGCUGGAGAUCACAAGGGGAAAAGAGGGCCGACAGCAACUCCUAGAGGAACUCAGCAAUCUUAACACAGAGCUCAAUGGAGUCUCCUUGGAAGAGGUGGAAUCAGCACUGGACAGGCUAAAGGGUAAGGAGCAAGAAUCGGCAAAUAAAGCCCAACCCCCCAAGCCAAACGUUCCGGAUAGAAAAGAAAGCGAAGUGUCAGUCAGCUCCGAACCUGAAAAUUUGCUUCUGGAACAUGCUGGCACCAAAGAAGCCACUCUCGAAACCCCGGCUGACCCAGGCCAUGGCUUUACCGCGAGCCAACCUAUCGUAUCCGAAGCUAGUAGGGAAUCAACGCCUACUUCUUCAUCCGACUCCACGGGAUCGUCCAUGGAUGAGUCCAGUGAUAGUGACAGUGACAGUGACAGUGACAGUGAGGAUGACAGUGUUGAUGACUCUGUAUCUUCUGAUCAAAGAGACUCUCAGGCCCAGACUCCCGUGCCAAACAUCCGUAUGUCAGAAGUGGCAGAUGAAGUACAAGACGCUAGCCAGGUGGAAGUGAGCAUGUCGAACGAGGCACAUGAUCACUCCCUACCGAAAAGGUCUCAAUCCGCGAACGGGGAAAUACGAUCCGAUAGGUCCUCGAGUUCUGAUAAACAAGACGUUGAAAUGACUGAAGACCAGGCUUCUGCUAAAUCCUCUGUUUCAGAAGCCUAUGAGCCCCCAGAACCUGAAGGCAAUGCAAGCCCAGCUGACUUGGUCUACACACCCCCCUUUAGUCCUGCUUCUCCUGGACCCAUAGAGCCCAUAGUCUCUACAUCUCCCGCAACAAAACCUCAGAUCACCGGUGAGCUACCGAUGGGAAAUGCCCAAGGCCCAGGCGUCUCACAGCUGGGAGAGGAUAAUCAGAAUGCUCGGCAGCCAGGAGAUUCAGAUCAUAAGUUCUCGCCUUAUAUUAGUCCAUUGAAAUCUUUCAAGGCUUACCGGUAUCAUCCAAACUACACUAAUGAUGUUACGGGCGGCUAUCGUUCCCUAACUUACAGCCAUAACAUUGACCCUAUGGUGUAUCUCUGUCCUUUUGAGGGGGCAGGCGGUGUCUGCAAUGACCGGUCCUGCGAAUUUCAACACUUUCGCGAUAUGAAUCUUAGCGAUGACAAGAUCCUUGUCCAGAUGGGAUCUCUUCGUGAGGGCAAAACACCCGAAGAAAAAGACAGCUACAUUGCUGGGUUGAAAAACAUUAUCAACGACAUGCGGCGCGACAAGGUGAAAGAUUUUAACACUGUGGCCAACGAGAUAGCCGCAUACCGUAGACGCUUCCUUCAGGAUCCUUCACGAGUCUUGCCCUUGUAA